AUGGCCGCCUCACGCAUCUUCGUAAAGGGACUUCCACAUACUUUCGACGAAGCGAGCUUCCGAACACAUUUUUCGCAAAAUGGCAGACAAGUGACUGAUGCCAAGAUAUUUCCGAAUCGGAGGAUUGGCUAUGUCGGAUACAAGACGCCAGAAGACGCGCAGAAGGCCGUGAAGUAUUUCAAUAAAACCUUCAUUCGCAUGAGCCGUAUUGGCGUGGAAUUGGCGAGGCCUGUCGAUGAUCAAGUCCAGGCCAAGGCAAGGACAGCGGCGCAAACAGCUACACCCCAGCCUUCAAAAGACGUUGGAAGCGCUGAACUGAAGCGAAAGAGCGUCAGCGAGACAAAAGAGAAGGAGAGUGAUCCAAAGCUGAAGGAGUUUCUGGACGCAUAUAAGCCGAAGAGCAAGAAGAGGGAAUGGGAGGCCGAGGCUGCACAAGUUGACUCAAAUUCGCAUUCUGCGGAAGGCCAAGCUAUCGAUAGCCAGAGCAUGGCCUUAGUCGACGCACAUGACGGAGCGAGCGAUGAUGAGUACGAAAAUGUGCCCAAGAAGACGAAACGUGCAAAGCUUGAAUCCGAGACACCUACGGCGGCGGCACCUGAAGUCACGAGCGUUACACCGAAUGUCAGUGAUGAUUGGGAAGGAUUCGAUAAUGAGGCAGAUGCCGAAGAGCGAAUAGAAACCGAAGCACAAGCACCCGUAUCAGAUAUGGACUGGAUACGAUCAAAGACAAGCCGGACUCUAGGCCUGCUCGAUGACGAAGAGGAGCAAGACAAUGCUGCGCGUGCAACGCCGAAGGACGAUAUCGUGGCUUCUACCCCCGAUCCGGUGCCCGUACCGGAAGAUGAACCUAUUUCUGUAAUACCGACACCACCAGCUAAAGAUGAUGGCUCGCAGCCACCUGUCGACAAGGAUAUCGAAUCUGUUCGGACGACCAUGCGCCUCUUUGUACGCAAUUUGCCGUACGAUGUGCAACGAGAUGACCUGGAAGCCGAGUUUGAACCUUUCGGCAACCUUGAGGAGGUCCACAUUCCGCUUGACAAGAAAUCUGGCUCGGCAAAGGGUUUUGCAUACAUUCAGUAUAGCGACCCAGACUCUGCCGAGCGAGCACUAGUCGAUCGCGAUGGUCAGACCUUUCAAGGUCGUCUGAUUCACAUCAUUCCUGCUUUUGCCAAGAAGGAGAGCAAGCUGGACGAUUUUGAGCUGUCCAAGCUGCCUUUGAAAAAGCAACAGCAGAUCAAGCGUAAGCGAGAAGCUGCGAACACCAUGUUCAAUUGGAACGCCCUAUACAUGAACCAAGACGCAGUCGUCUCAAGUGUAGCAAACUCGCUUGGCAUCUCGAAAUCAGAAGUGCUCGACCCAACGAGUAGUGAUGCUGCUGUCAAGCAAGCCCACGCCGAAACUAAGGUGAUUCAAGACACGAAAGACUAUUUUCGCUCGCAAGGCGUCGACCUGGACUCUUUCAAAAAGAGUCAACGCGGAGACACUGCCAUUUUGGCGAAGAACAUUCCUUAUGAUUUUAGCCGAGAUGAGCUGAAGCGCUUGUUCGAGGAGCAAGGAGAUGUCAAGCGUUUCCUCAUGCCUCCUUCCGGCACGAUCGCAAUCGUGGAGUACGCGAACGCUGCUCAGUGUCAAACCGCAUUUGGAGCACUUGCAUAUCGCCGAGUCAAGAGUUCAGUGCUGUUCUUGGAGAAGGCACCUAAGAACCUGUUCACAGGAAAGCCGGCUCCACCCGUCGCUGCCGAGCAUAGUGUAGAAGCUAAAGCAUCCAGUUCUGACCUAAAGGUCGCAGAGCUGAAUGUGCCAGACACUGCAGGCCCUGCGACGCUUUUCGUGAGAAAUUUGAACUUCACCACCACCACGAAGCUCCUCACAGAUACCUUCAAUACGCUUGACGGCUUCCUUUCCGCACGCGUAAAGACGAAGACAGACCCGAAGAAGCCGGGCCAAGUACUAAGCAUGGGCUUCGGCUUCUUGGAGUUUCGCAGCGCGAAGCAGGCUCAAGCGGCGCUACAAGCGAUGGAUGGCUACACGCUGGAAGGCCAUAAACUUCAGAUUCGUGCCAGUCACAAAGGCGCUGACGCUGCCGAGGAGCGCAGGAAGGCCGACGCUGAGAAGAAGGCUGCCAGCGCCAAGACCAAACUUGUCAUCAAGAACUUGCCUUUCGAAGCAUCAAAGAAGGAUGUUCGUGCCCUUCUCGGAGCGUAUGGUCAGCUUCGAAGCGUGCGCGUACCCAAAAAGAUGGAUCGCGCAGCACGUGGUUUCGGCUUCGCAGAAUUCACGACCAUCAAAGAAGCCCAGAGCGCUAUGGAAGCCCUCAGAGAUACACAUUUGCUUGGCAGACGCCUCGUUAUCGACUUCGCUGCAGAGGAACCCGAGGACGCUGAGGCUGAGAUUGAGAAAAUGCAGCAGAAAGUGGGUGCUCAAGCCAACAAGGUGGCCCUGCAAAAUCUCACCAGUGGCGGCCGGAAGAAGUUCACUACACAGAAGAACGAUGAGGAU